AUGGAGUCGCCCGGCGACGAUCUGCGUACUGACCACUUGAUGCUGGACGACGAGGACGGCGACUUGUCCAGUCACAUGGCUAGUGCCGGGGUGCAGCGGCUGCGCAGGCUGCGAGGACGACGAGGCUUCUUCCACUCGGACGCGGAUGGCCGUAGCUUUCGAUAUAGAUCUAGUGGAGGGAUUCUGCAGCGAAUUACGCUCAGGAGACGCAAGCAAGAGGACUACGACGUGUUCUGGACGGCCAUCGGAGUGCUCACGGUGCUGAGCUUUGCACUCAUGAGCUGCAUUACUAUUUACUUGACGCAAACGGAUUUCUUCGAGUCCCAUCAAAACGAUCUUUUUGGAACGACCGUGGAUAACAGGUUUACAGUAGUGGCAGAAGACAAUGCAGAGAUUUUCUUAAAGAGCGGAUACUCCAAUUCGGUGUAUUCGGAAGGCAUGAUCGCUUUUGAUGACGGAGAGCUGAAGAUUGGGCGCCGUGCGCUGGAGGCGAAGGAUCUACAGACGUUCUACGGGGUCACGUUCUUCUCUAACGGCACGACGUUGUUCACGAACCGAGUGGAAUCCCCCAUGGUCGAGGCUGAUUAUUUAAGUGCCAGGAAAGGCGUGAUAUUCGAUGACGGGACCGUCAUGACCACAGCUGCCAACAGUUCUGGCGGUGUGAAGGAGCAGGGUGACCUAAAUCUCGUGUCAAAAACAGGAGCUAUCGUCGCGAGCGCUGGAGGCAAGUCUGUGCUGUUUGUUGAUCCAGCUGGAACGGUAACUGUUGCCGAUACCGACUCGGAUGAGCCUACGUCAACUGGUAUAACGCUGGAUGGCACCCGUGGACGCAUCAGCAUUAGCAACGGUUUGACGAUAACGCACGCUGACAACUCGUCGACUUUGUCUACGUCUGAACCGCUUCACCUUGAUACGAGUACAGUUUUCGUGGGCUCUUCUACGAGCAAGACAGUGCGCAUUUCAGUGCCUGAUGCCACUGGUUACAGUGAUAAAGACGAUGGUGCGCGGGCGUUGGAGUCAGCAAGUAAUGCAGAAGAGAGCAAGAGUGUGACGCUGGAAGUGGCUGGACAAACGUCUUCGACGCAGAAGGAAGGAGGAGACAUCCGUAUCGUCGGUGGCGACGGACUCAAUUUUGGUGGAGAUAUAACUUUGACCGGAGGUCAAGCAACCGAUUCAUCGUCGGAGUAUGGAUCUAUCAAUAUCAACGCAGGACUACACAAGUCAGCAGCAUCACUUACCGAGAUUGGCAGCCACGGUUCGACUCACGAGGUGAACAUUCACGGUCUCGUAUCAUUUAAUGAACACGCUGGUGUGAAUGAUACCACAGAGGUCAAAGUGGGAGGUGGUCGCUUCAAUGUAUCAACCCGCCACAUCACGCUCGAUAACCGAGCGACGAGCUUGUCAGAACUUCACAUAAACUCGAAUGAUGUCCGUUUAGGCGCAUCUUCGCCUCAAGUUCAAGUAGGCAAGACCGGAUUGUCGACGGUCAAAGUGCUGGGUGCUACGACUACUCUUGAUGCUUCGAAAGGCGUUGUCGUAGGAGAAAGUGCGACAUCGAUUCUUGUCGGGAAUAGCGAAACAUCGGGACAGGUGACAAAGGUGACGUCAGAAGCGAUAGAGCUGGAUGCUUCUCACUCUAUCGCAUUUAAUACGCGGAAUCGUGACGCCACCACCACCAUCUCGGGUUUGGUACAUUUCAACGGCAGCUCAACUACAAGCUCUUUGCUGUCUAUCACGGACGCCGCUGUCCGAGCGAACCCUCCGAAGUUCCGCGUGGGUGCUAGAGGAAAGACAAGCGUCGCAUCUAUCGAGGCAAAUCAAGUGAGCAUUGGUGAACCUGGUGCGAAUUCUACAGCUCUGCCAUCCACUGGAGGCAAGAUUGAGCUGUUCAGUUCCAGCAUUACAGUCGGCUCCGAAGCUUCUGAAGUGUCGCUGACAGGUAAAUCUGUGACGAUUAAUGCUAUGGAGACACUGUCGGUCGGAGAGCAAGCGGAUGAUAUCACGAUUGGGAGUGAGGACGUGAGCAAAAUCAACGUUCAGAGUGAAGCAGUGUCUGUGGCUGGUGCGACUGGUUUCAGUGGCGCAUCUCUCACUGUGCACUCGAGCAAAAUUGAUAUCGGUGGCAAAUCUACGAGUGAAAUUACAAUCGGCGCGGCGGAAGCUAUACUUGAUGUUGGUUCCCAAGCGAAGCUUGUAUCAAUUGGAGUGGACAGCCCGACUGUAAAUAUCGGCUCCGACGCUAGCACGAUUAACCUCUCUGGUAGUGUCACCAUCAAUGGGAAAACGCUAAGUAGCCGUCGACUUGGUGGACAGGGUGACGAGGUUAACUGUAAACGUUUCGGCUAUCUCAACACCGAUCGCGUUACUAUACCAGUCGCCCAGAUCAACACCAUUACGAAGUUUGCGCUUCGUUGGGACGAUGGGUUUUCAUCAGGGCCGCAGACGUAUCAAGUCGACACUAGCAUAGAACGUGUGCUUGUUGUUGGGUUAGGACUGGGAGGUGGCGACGAAUUGGCAAGCAGACAUCUUCAGUUUUCUCUGCACAUUUCCAGUCUUGUGCUCGUUGUUGAAAGUGAAGCUCUAGCUACUCGACCAAGCAAAAUUCGGUGUCGCGUCUAUCGCCACACUUCAGAUCUACCAGACGCUGUCGUCAUGGAAGUUAAUGCCCUUGUUGAGCACUGCUUUGGUACGGCAUGCGAGGAUGGAAUCUUCCUGGGACUGCAAGGACAGCGAAUUGUUCCGUUCAAUUCCGGUGACUCUUUCUCCACUCAAUGCACUUUUGCUCCGACCGCAGCAGGAGAGUUGUUGCUUCAGGGUGCGCAGUACUCGUUCACGGAGCAGUAA